AAGUAGCCCAUUACAAAACGAUGCCAUAAAAAGCUCUGUCGCCAAAUCCAAAGUUAAAACUCUCUAUUUUAUUUAAUUGUACAAAUGCGGGUUUAUUUACAGUCAUUUUUCAUUUGAUGCGAGGAAACCGACAGUCUAUAUUACGGGAUUAGAUAAAUAUUUCUCGUAAUAAAAAAAUAAUACCCUUGCCUGUUCCACAUUAUUGGAAGGAGAUCGACUAUCGGAAAUGAUCAUAAGCGGGCUGGGUAUUGUUUUGUAUUAAUUGCUAUCAGUGCGCGAUUGGAGAGCCACUCUCGUGCAGGAUUCAGCAGCCUGGGGAUACGGAGUACGUGGAGGGAGGGAGAGCACAGCCUACUAGACGGAUCGUUCCUACUCUGGCCGGCGGUGAUUGGAUGGGAAAAAACCACGGUUACAGAAGGUCCCGGCUACAGUCUGUCGGCGUUUUUAUUUCUAAACGGGGACUGUUCUUUUUUUUAAGUCCCUCACGUUUCAAGUUGAACAGUGCGCACAACAUCUGUUUUCAUAAUCGAAAGUGGAUUUUUUAAAAAAGUUCGUUACACUGAGACUGUUUUAUAAUGGAACUGCAUAAUUAUAUUCAAAGGGAAUUUUAGGAAGUUAAAUUAAAAUACAGGUAUGAAUGUGAUUUAAAAAAAAAUGAAAGUGCGUUACUAAUAACUCAGAUUGACUUGUCAUAAUUGAGAUGCGUUCUCUGGCAGAUCGCAUGACGAAUUGUGACUAAUCCUUUUUUGUAAAGAUCAAACAGUGGACAUUAAAGCAGAUUCUUUGAAGAUUUCAUUAAGAACCGAAUUGCAAACCAUUGUCAUUUGUUGGACAAGGACACCCGAUCUAUUUCAUUAAGUUCUAGUUCUGAUCAAGGAGCUGAAGCUAAGGACACACGCAUGGUACAGCGGACUGCUGGUGAGUUCAUUACCUUGUCUGCCGCGGAGAUGUCAGUAAUAGCUUAUUAAGAGUAAUUAAGGAGCUGUACUUGACCACUAAACAGACUUGCAACAAGAGGAGCCGGCAGUUAUGACAGUACCAAUGUGAAAACAAUCGCUCCGCAGACAUUCCUGGAAUCAAGUUGUUUGGUUUUUCCAUCUUUCCACUAACUUAAUGUGAAGGUUCUGCUAAUUAAGAUAUUCAUAACUGAUUCCUGUGACUUAUAGUUAAAUUAUAAUUAAAUUAUAGUACAAGACGAUAGUUCAAAGAAAAAGUGAUAAACAGUAGAAUGUGUGAAUACGCCAGCUUUGUGGUUUUUGGUGGGGCGCGAGGAUCGUGGUUCUUUGCUGGGUGGGGCCGGUGGUGCUGUGUGUGUACGGUGGUCCUUUCGCUGUUGUUUUGCCAAAUACAAGGAUAUCGUCGACGAAUUCCAAAUGUACAUGAGCCUAUUAUUCUGAAUACGACCAGCACGAACUACACCGCCAUUGCUGGGGAGACAGCCGUGCUGUACUGCGCUGUAGACAACCUGGGAACCAAAACAGUCACGUGGAGAAAAGCCAUCCCCUCGGUGCCCCUGACGGUGGGUCUAUACACUUACUACGGAGACCCACGGUUUCAGACCCAUCACGUCAUACACAAGAGGCAAUGGAAUCUCCAUAUCAGAAACGUCAGUGUCCUUGACUCAGGGGCGUAUGAAUGUCAAGUCAGCACACAGACACGUGACAUUAGGAGGCCUUUCUUCCUCACGGUCAAAGAACAAAAAUCAUCUAUUCAUAUUACGGGCGACAGUUACGUCAACAAGUACGAUAGGCUGGUCCUCCUGUGUAACGCAUCCAGCGACUCCUACCCCCCUGAUGAGCUGGACUGGUUCAUGAACGGCCUCAAAGUCGUCACAGACCUGGAUGAAGGAAUCAGGAUCACUAACUCAGUGUCUCUUAGAAGUAGAACCAUUUGGAGCGAGCUGGUGAUUGAGCAUGCGCAAAUGCACCACGGCGGAACAUACAUCUGUCGUACGUCAGACGAGCUAGUGACCAAUAUUAAAGUCAACGUUCUAAGUGACGGCAGAAUGAAUGUUAAAAGAGGAACGUUUUCAGGGAAGUUUUUAUCCUCACCCGAUGGCCGCAGAAGUACGUCUAGUCGUGCUGCUGGGUCUUUGGUUCUUGUCACGUGGGUUGCCUUUGUUUUGCAUGUUUAGCAAACGACCCGUAAAACAUAAACAAAGGGGUAAAACUUGAAGUAUUAUGCAACAAAAGAAAACUGAUGUCGAAUUGUUCUUGGUGAUGUUAAAACCCUAAAGCAACUGGACGAGGUGCUACUUUUAUCCUAUACAGGACUGUGGGUCCUGGAUGUUGAUUCUCCCAGGGACAUCGCUCCAUCAUCAGUCGUGUGUUAGUGAACCAAAGUGUAUUUAAUGUAACACCAAUUGUGACCUGAAUAUGUACACUACUGAUCUUGCUGUAUGGAGAUUUGACAAUGUACAUUUGUAUAAUAUAGCGUUUUAUUUUUAUAAAUAAAAAAUGACAGAGAG